AUGUGUGACUUCUAGACAUGUAAAAGUCAUAACUUCAUUUUACAUUUUUAUACAUUUUCACUAUAGAGUUAAAGCUCACUUUAGGGAUUAAACACUACAGGUGGUUAAGCCCUGAACAUCCAAACUCACUAUUUUAGUUUACUAUAUUAUGCCUUAAUCUUUUACCACAAUCUGCACUGCAACCUUCACACACUUGAUAGCCUAACCAUCUCUGCAAACUCAUGCUAUUCAUGUGCUGCUUAAGCACAGUUGUUCAUGGACAGGAAUAACUGAAAAUAUUUAUUUAUCUGCUCCUGGGACUCUCACCUUUUGGAAGACAAUAUUUUUCUCUUAAACAAGUCUUCAAACAAGCCCUUACAGAGGGUUCACCACAAGGUGAAAGCAAAGUCAGACUUGACUUUGCAAAAAGACUUCUAAAAAGCCUGACCACUUCUGCAAAAGCAUUCUUUGUGCGGCUGAUAUUAAGAUCAAGCUGUACCAGAAUCAUGAGAAGAUAAAAGUAUAUAGAAGGCUUGGAACAGCUCGUGAUCCAAAGCAUACAACAUCUGUGAAACACGGUGGAGCAGUGGGAAGGCAUGUGGAUGCAUGGCUUCCAGUGGCACUGUGUUAAUGCUGUUCAUUGAUGACGAGACAAAAGACAGAAGCAACUGGAAGAAUUCUGAAGGGGGUAUACUCUCUGCCCUGAUGGCCAAGUCUGUCUCUUGAUCUCAACCCCACUGAGCAUGCAUUUCACUUGCUGAACUAAAAUCAGAAAGACCUACAAACAAACAGCUGAAGUCGGCUACAGUAAAUGCCUGGAAAAGCAUCACAAACGAGGAAACCCAGUCUCUGGUGGUGUCCAUGAGUUCCAGACUUAAAUCAGACUUAACUGCUGAGCUUUAGUCUGUGAGGUGUAUACAAUGAAAUACUGACUACAAGAAACAUUUACCUCUGUUUGAAUCGUGUGCUUACACAAAAUAAAUAAAUAAUAAUUUCAUGAUAUAAUGUCAAGAAAUGUUAAAAGAGGUAAAAGUCACAGCAUUAGAGUGUUGAACAGAAAGUUCAGGAACUCUGCAAACGGCCAGUUUGCAAUUAAUAUUUAAGGACUGUAAGUAAUACAAUCCUCCACUGCAGACUGUUUUUCUCAGCACAUGAAAAGCACAUAAAAUAAAUAAAAGGCUACUACAUCCACAUUUGUGAAUACAGAGUGUACCACACAGAUGAAGUGUGAAUCUGAAGUUGUCAAACAUCAAGUUGUGCCAGCACUGGUCACAGUACCUGCUCCAUCUCAAUUGAGGGUUAUGUUACAGGAUUUCCAAUCAUUUGAUCAGGCAGGGCUGUGGCCGCCUCCUGACACUCAUGAUUAAUUUAAAACAGGAAGCUGCAAGCGUACACCAGUCCUGCCAAGUCACCAUGGCUGCAGUAGUGAAGGGAGGGGGGUUGGUGUCUCUGGGCACCUGCUUCUGAAAGAGACACACCAGAAGAGAUGCAUCGCCCCAGCCGCACACAGCACAGCUGCUGCCAAAGAUCGCUCUUCUCCAUGGCUGGUGUCAGACAGCUCAUCUUACUUCUUCUCUACUGUGAGGGGAUGAACACUGAAACAACCCCUUCCCCUCAGUCUGAUCCUUUAAUUACAACACGAAAAGCUGUAUCCAAAGGUCAAAAUCAAGUCAUUAUUGAACAGCUGGAAAUCCUGACACCCCAGUAUAUAGAGCUUUUAUGUAACCUAACUGAUAUACCAAAUAACCCUCCGUACAUUACUGGCUAUUGGACUAAAGAUGGACAAGAAAUAGAAAACUCUGAAGAAACUGUAAAUAGAAACAAUGAACAGUAUAUCCUUAAAAAGACUUUCAAUAUACUGGCCAGAGACCUGGGAAACUAUUCCUGCAUCUUCAGAGAAAAUCAGGCACAAGUCACAUUUGUUUUAGAUGUUCCUGUAAUAAAAGACAAACGAGACAAGCCGGUAGUGAGUUACACUGGAGAUUCAGUUGUACUGGAUUGUAAACUCAAACACACACCAAACACCUGGAUCUGGUAUAAGGCAAACAAUACUGGAAAGGAGCUCAUCAAUGUUACUGCAAACCCUCUGAAGUACAAGAUCUUUAUUUAUGGGAAUAAAACCAAACUGACCGUACUGAAUCUGACUGAAGAGGAUUCUGGGAAGUACAUAUGCAGCGCUGAGUUUGAUAUCAAACCCAGUGAGUCUUACGUCGAGCUGAAGGUCUUGUCGUAUACUGAGCCUCUCAAGCCCUUCAUUGCUAUAGUGGUUGAAGUCAUUGUCCUCGUCACACUGAUUUUGCUCUGGGAAAAAUGCAACAAGCCGCAAAAUGACAACAUUUCUGCAGGAGAGAAUGAGCCCUGCUCUGAACAAAUCAGCAAACUCACUCGUGAUGAAAGCAAUGGAGUGGAGAAAAACACAGCAAGACAAAGAAAACUGGAGCACUGAGACAUUAUUAUUAUUAAGUGUUAUGAGUUAUUCAUAUUAACAGUUGAAAAAAAAGUGUUUAUGUAGAAAAACUUUUUAUUCUGCUUUAUAAUCUUGUGGCUUGAAUCAUCAAGUAACAAGCAAUAAGGUUUUUUUGCCUAAACGAAUUCAGUCACAGCAAUAUAUGUAAACAUAUAUUAUAUACCAUUACAUAUACAUACUGUAUAUUACAUUCUCUAUAUUACAUAAAUGUAUAAGGCAUG